AUGGAUACACCCGAUUUAUUAACACCUUUUAAUCCUCAAUCGGAUUCAGAGCCAUCUAAUAAUACAACAGGAAGUGCAGCAAUCACCUUAAGCUUAUCGACCAACGAUGAUUUCUCAGAAUUACACGAACAAGCGAUGGAGAAUAUUCAAAAACCUAAUGUACCCAAUGUAAAUGUACCAGAAAGAAUAGUUCUUUGCUUGGAUGUUUGUUUCGACAACAACAAAUCACUGUAUCGGCUAGGCGAUGGCUCAACGUUCACACCGAUCAACAUGAUGAAGAGAGUUAUAGAAUUUUUCUUACAUUCAAAAAAUGCAAUUAACAAGAAAACUGAGUUUGCCAUAAUAGUGCUAAAAGGUACAGAAGCUGUUUGGAUACAAAAUUUCACUAACAACAUAAAGGAUAUUUUAAGUACUAUUGAAUACUUAGGUCCAGAAGAAUGCACAUCUGAAAUAUUUGAUAUGAAAAAUAUUUUCAAUUGGAUACGUCAAAAGGUUGAGAUACCGGAACACAAAGAUGGAGAGAGCACACAGCCACCUCCUUAUGUGGUGCGCUUGCUCGUUUUUUAUGUGCGAUCAAACUGUAUUCCAAUAAUUCCACAGAAUGAAGCUUACUACAGCAUUCUCAAGAAACAGUUGUACUUCUACAUAGACAUAUUGCUGGCACAUGAAGAGGAAUGUUCUGUGUACAAAUGUGAAGAGGUGUAUGAUGCACUUCAGGACUUAGAUAAUGGUUACUCUUACGUAUUUGAAGUAUCAAGGAAUGCAACAAAGAUCCACGACUGUAUUGCUAAACUGCUUGCCCAUCCACUGCAGAGGCCUUUACAAAAAAAUACUGAUUAUACAUUUGGUGCUAAGAAUUAA